AUGUCGCAGAAAGAUUUGGCCCAGUGGACGAAACACGAGUUUAACCUCAAGAAAACGCCUGCGCAGUCCACGAUCUCGGGCAUUCUGCGUCGCCAGCACGAGUUCAUCAACAUGAGCUCGCUCGAGUUGGGCAUUAAGAAGCGCCGCGUCGUGCAGCACCCGCAGCUCGACAGUGCACUGGCCAAUUGGGUCAUUCAGAUGGCCGGUCGCGGGCAGACAGUGCAGGGCGACCUGACCAAGGAAAAAGCCAAAGAGUUUGCCAAGAUGCUCGGGAUCCCUGAUAACGAACAGCCCGAGUUCUCGAACGGAUGGCUCCACUCGUUCCAGUUGCGGCACAACUUUAGCUUUCGGAAAUUCAAUGCCGAGCACCAUCAGCAUCAGCAGCAUCGGCAUCAGAAUCAGAUUCCUGGAAGUAGCAGCAAUAACAUAAGCGAGCUGGACGAUGGAGUAGCAGGGGGUGUACCAGCAGCAGCAGCAGCUGUUCUUGGGAUGCCGAUGCAGCCUCGUCGGACGGCGAUUGCGACGUCGAAAGUGCUUUAUUGGACCAGUAUGGACGCUCUGCUCGAGGAGAGCGACAAGUACGAUCCGAAGGACGUGUUUGCGGUCGAAGAGACGCCGGUGCUGUAUACAAUGCCACCGGUGCAGAACGCACUGAACGAAGGCCGCAUGCGCUGCAAAAAGCGCUUUGUCGUGUCGCUGGCUGCGAAUGCCGAUGGCUCGGAGAAGCUCCAGCCGCUGUUUGUCUCGCAUCGAGAACACCCCAAGUGUUUUCGCAAGAAGACUGCGGAGCAGCACGGUUUGCACUACUUUAGCAACAACAAGGCGUGGAUGACGGGCGUGAUCUUUUCGCGCUGGCUCCAGCGACUGGACUUUGCCAUGGCGAGUCAGAAACGCCGCAUUUUGCUGUUUAUCAACGACAUGCCGUCGCAUGUGGUCACGCACCUCGACUUGACAAACGUCGUGGUGUUUAUCUUGACGCCCGCUGUCAUGCAGAUGCUCAAUCCGAUCACGUGUCGCGUGGUAACUGCGUUCAAAAAGCGCUUUCGUCGCUACCAUUUGCGCCAUGCAAUUGACAAAGCGGAAGCAAAGCACGUGAUGUUUGACGUCGACGUGCUGCAAGCAAUGAAGUGGGCGGCAAUUAGCUGGGACGAAAUCACAACCGAGACGAUCAAGCGCGCGUGGGUCCCAACGCAAUUGGUGCGGAACCGCGUGCAGAUGGACGAGCACGAGUUGUUACAGGAACAAGAAGAGAUCUUGCUGGACACUGAGCUCGAGCAUUUGAUGAUGUUCUUGCACCUUGCGAAUCCGAUUCCCAUGAUGGAGUACUUGGACGACGAGACCAUGUCGGAUUACCCCGUGCACGAAGACAAGUUUGACGUUGUGUCAAACGUGUGUGAAGUGCCGGAAGACGAAGUGGACGACACGGUUGAAGAAAGUCCGGGGCGCACGUUGUCGCUGCAGGAGAAGCUGAAGGCAUUUCGUGACGUGCUGCAUGUAUUGAAGGACCGAAGUGAUGCCGAUGACGGCGCGUUGAACGCGAUUCGACGGAUACAGGAUGCGAUUCGACUGGAAGGUCAGAAAGAGGCGAUGGGGGCCCUGCAUGGCAACACGGGCGACGUGAAGGACGUGUUUGAUCUCGACACGUCGAGCGAUAGUGCCAACGCUUCUGCGCAUGCGAUGAUGGCACUGGAACCCGACAGCCAGCAGCAGCAACAGCAGCACAUGGAUGCGUCUGCGCUGCUCGACUCGUCCGAGAGCUCGGCUCUUUCCGCCGCUUCUGCCUCGUUGGCCGAAGGAGCAGGAGACCAUGCAAGUGGUAUGAUGGCGGGAGCAGUGGAGAGUGACAAUCGGCAACAACGUUUCCACGCAGUGAUUUAG